UUCGGCCGUGAGUCGGUGAAGCACAUAUCUUUGUAUGUGUGCGCGCGCGCAGGAACACGCCACACAUCAGUUGCAGAUCACCGUUACACCGCCAUACGUUUACCCAGCACUCAGAGUAUUGAGACAUGGACUCAGACGAGGGCUAUAACUACGAGUUUGAUGAUGAAGAGGAGGAGGAAGAAGAAGAGGAGGAGUGCAGCGAGGACAGCGGCGAAGAGGAGGCCGAGGAUGACACGCUCGACCUGGGCGAGGUGGAGCUGCUGGACCCCGCGGUGGCCGGAGGAGAGCGCGACGAGUGUGGCGACACCGGCGGCGGGGGCCUGGGGCCCGGUCAGGAGGACGAGGACUACCGCUUCGAGGUGCUGACCACCGAGCAGAUCCUCCACCACAUGGUCGAGUGCAUCAGGGAGGUGAACGAGGUCAUACAGAACCCAGCGACAAUAACUAGAAUACUCCUCAGUCACUUCAACUGGGACAAAGAGAAGCUUAUGGAAAGGUACUUUGAUGGAAAUCUGGAUAAGUUGUUUUCAGAGUGCCAUGUGGUAAACCCCAGUAAAAAGACCAAGACACGACAAAUGAGCACACGCUCUUCCAGUCUAGAUUUGCCCUGUCAGAUCUGCUAUCUCAACUACCCAAACUCUUAUUUCACAGGUCUAGAAUGUGGACACAAGUUCUGCACGCAAUGCUGGGGCGAUUAUUUAACCACCAAAAUUAUCGAGGAAGGGAUGGGACAGACCAUCUCGUGUCCUGCUCAUAGCUGUGAUAUUCUGGUUGACGAUAACACCGUCAUGCGACUGAUCACAGAUUCUAAAGUGAAGUUGAAGUAUCAACAUUUAAUCACAAAUAGUUUUGUAGAGUGUAAUCGACUGUUGAGAUGGUGUCCGGCUCCUGACUGCCAUCAUGUGGUCAAAGUUCAAUAUCCUGAUGCCAAACCAGUACGCUGCAAAUGCGGGAGACAGUUUUGCUUCAAUUGUGGAGAAAACUGGCAUGACCCUGUGAAAUGCAAGUGGCUGCGGAAGUGGAUUAAGAAAUGCGAUGAUGACAGUGAAACAUCAAACUGGAUUGCAGCAAAUACCAAGGAAUGUCCCAAAUGUCAUGUGACCAUCGAGAAGGAUGGAGGCUGUAAUCAUAUGGUGUGUCGAAACCAGAAUUGUAAAGCAGAAUUCUGCUGGGUUUGUCUCGGCCCUUGGGAGCCCCAUGGCUCUGCAUGGUAUAACUGCAAUCGCUACAAUGAAGAUGACGCAAAGGCAGCCAGAGAUGCUCAAGAGCGUUCCCGCGCGGCCCUGCAGCGCUACCUCUUCUACUGCAACCGCUACAUGAACCACAUGCAGAGCCUGCGCUUCGAGCACAAGCUGUACGCGCAGGUCAAGCAGAAGAUGGAGGAGAUGCAGCAGCACAACAUGUCGUGGAUCGAAGUGCAGUUCCUGAAGAAGGCCGUGGACGUACUGUGUCAGUGCCGCUCCACGCUUAUGUUCACCUACGUCUUUGCCUUCUACCUCAAAAAGAACAACCAGUCCAUCAUCUUUGAGAACAAUCAGGCUGACUUGGAGAACGCUACAGAAGUGCUCUCAGGAUAUCUAGAGCGAGAUAUCUCCCAGGAUUCUUUGCAAGAUAUCAAACAGAAGGUUCAGGAUAAGUACAGAUACUGCGAGAGUCGACGGAGGGUUCUCCUGCAGCACGUUCAUGAGGGCUAUGAGAAAGACUUGUGGGAGUAUAUAGAAGACUGAACAGGACUGAUCAUUAUAACAGUGAACGUGCGUCAGUGAACGGCGUCGGCCAUCGCCACAGACCCUCCACACUUCGCUUUUACGUUACAUCUGGAUUUUUGUCAUUAUUUAGAGUUUAAGUUAAUUUUACUGAAAUAAAAAGGUAGAAUAUUCAAAUAAAACUCCUACGUCAGUAUUGAAGUCUGUAAGAGUCGAUUGUGGAUGCGGCACGUGUUCCAUCCUCAAUAAUCCGUUUUCUUUUUUUAAAGUGCUUUUUGUCAUUUGUAUGUUGUUUUUAUAGUUUGGCUUGUCUUCAGCAUAGCUUUACAGAUCCGAGCCAUGCAGUGUGUGUUUGGGGAAUGUACGGUUGGGUGGCUUUUCUUUAUGCAGCGGAAUCGUGUGUUUCAAGCUGUAACGGCACACAUGCAUGGAACACAUCUCGUUUUGCUUUUUGAGAAAUAUUUAUUCUUUACAGUUAUUCAAGAAUGUGUUUAAACAACGCGAGAGGCCGUGUGACAGUUUUGCCUCUUUUGCUGGAGGUCGGACAAUUUUGUGAGACUUUGCACACCCAAAUCAGAGGCACAGGAACAGUAGCCUUAAUAGCAUACAAAUAUAACGCAUUGGAACGUGACAUGGGGUCAUAUUUCAUCCCAGAAUCCAUUUUUUUUUUUUAUUGAUGUUAAACAUGUUAAACCUUGAUGCACAACAUCUGUCACUACUGAAGUACACAUUAAUAGUUUUUAAACGUAAAUCCAGUAAAAAAUUUUUACUAAAGUUAGUGGUUCAGGAAUGAAUGUUGUUAUUUUAAAUAUAUACAUUUUGGUGGGGAUGAAAUAUGACCUGGAUGUUUUUUGAAAGUUUUGGUGAGAAAUCACCAUAUUGCUCUAGUUGACAAAGGCUAACCCUAAAGCUUUCGAGGAUGUUUUUGUUGAGUUGAGAUUGACUGGAGCAUGAAUGUUGUUACGAACCAUCUCAUCUCAGUUAAUGUUCACCUCUCUCUUCUGUUGUAUUCAUCACACUACCAGAUGUUUCAUGAGAGCAAACUUGAGUGACAUUCACUCACAAACACCUUACGUCUCAAAUGUGUUUUUCCCUCUUCUCAUUUUUAUCAAACCUAUCUUUUAUAGUGCGAGAUGAGGCUGAUGGUGAAGCACUGUUGUAUUUUUUUACAUCACUGGCGGGUUACGAAGCUUAUUGGUACUAUUAAGCACUAUGUGGAGCAGAUAGAACUGAAACCCUGCGUAGUCGAGCCAGGCUGUUAAAAAUUAAGGCUUUGCUGUAAACCAAUGAGGCAAGCGAUGUUUUUACACUAAAAUGACGACAGACUUCAGGCUCUGUGCAAUGUUGCUGGUUAUGACACCCUUCCUUCAGAGUAUUAAAUCUUUUGUUUUGCAACUUACGAGGCACUGUUUAUUUUUCUUGCAAGAUCAUUCUUCACCUGUUGGAAUUGUGCAUGAUCAUAAUUCUCAGUGCAUCAGUAGGGUUACAUUGAUCUACACAGUUUUACGGCCCUCAAAAUUGGCGCCAAGAGUUUGUGCCCAUGUCGGUUUUGUGUAUUCCUCAUUGAUUAAAUCUGAGGAGCAACAGUGUUGCCUGUGCUAAAGGAUGAGAGUUAUUCACCAAAGUGUGAAUCUUUACGUUAAAGGUGAUCAGUCUCUUAUUUAGAGUCAUGUUCGUCUAUGGUGGCUUUCCUGUGUUAUAACCAUUCUUAUAAAAAUGUCCUAUUUAAAUAAAUCCCAUUCAGAAGUA